GUGCUGUGUAGAUGGUACAGUCCACAUGCAGUUCGGAGUUGUUGCUGAGGAGGUUCCACUGUUCAGCACAUACCGUUAAAUUGGCAUGCAGCCUACGCUUGGGUCCUGUAGCAGGAGACUGCACUGAUUUUGAAAAUGUUACCGUCUUAUCACCGGAGUUACCUUGGACAGCAGGGCAGGGUCGCUUUAUUUCACCUUUUGUGCAGUAUUACAGGUGUUUGGGGCAGUCAGGUGUUGGUGCCUCAGAGGGUGAAUGCUGUGCUGGGGAAGAAUGUGACAUUAGAGUGCAGAGUGGAGGUGGGCACAAACCUUACUCUUACUCAGAGUUCCUGGGAGCGCCGUCUGCCUUCAGGCUCUGUCACAGUGGCUGUCUACAACCCACGGUAUGGCAUCUCUAUCCCUCCAGAGUUUAUUCAUCGCUUGUAUUUUCGCUCACCUUCCUCGCAUGAUGCCACCAUUGUCCUGGGAAACGUAGGCUUUGCUGACGUCGGGAUCUAUACCUGUAAAGUUGCCACAUUUCCUCUAGGAAACACUCAAGCCUCCACUACUGUCAAUGUACUCGUGGAGCCGAAAGUCUACGUGUCUGCAGGUUCAAUGGCCCUGAUCGACGGUGGCAAUGAUACUGUGGUGGCCACCUGUAUUGCUGAGCGGGCCCGGCCUCCUGCUGAGGUGUCCUGGGAGUCCAACCUUUUUGGCCAGUCAGAAGUGCAGCUAUUUGACGAAGCCAACGGCACAACCAGCACACAAGUGAGCUACCUCUGGCAGCCCACACGUCACGUCCAGGGCCACACACUCACCUGUGUGGUCCGCCACCCGGCUCUGCAGAGUGACUUCAGGAUCCCCUACCAGCUCAAUGUGCAGUUUGCUCCUGAUAUCUCUGUUGUGGGCUAUGAUGGAGACUGGUAUGUAGGUCGGGAAAAUGUGCAAAUGACGUGCAAAGCCAACGCAAACCCACCGGCUAAUCACUUCAGAUGGAUCAGAUUGGACAGUGAAAUGCCAGAAGGGGUGGAAAUAAUGAACAGCACUUUGCUCUUCCUGCGUCCCCUCCAGCGGAAUGACUCUGGAGUUUACAGGUGUGAGGUUGCCAAUGACAUCAACCUCCGCAGUCGGGAUGUGCGCAUUCUCAUACAAGAUCCUCCCACCAUGCCUUCCACCAUAACUGCUCCUGUCCUAACUGGCUCUGCCUCCUCCACCUUAGUCGAUGAUAAGGGACAUGUUCUUCUCAGCUCCCCCACACUUGAAGCCCUACCUGAGAGUAAUCUUGGUUCCAUAGUGGGUGGGGCUGUGGGCGGGGCUUUAUUCCUGCUACUGCUGCUGUCUCUGGUUGGCGUGUGUUACCUACGGAAACAGCAAACCUUCCAUGGCAACUACUACACCAAGCAGUACCUGGGCCCCAAUGACCUCCAGAAAGCCUCCACGCAGCAUGAGCUCCACCCUACCAAAGCUGGCAGCAGCUCCCACCAUCAGGACCACGACCGAGAGGAGUGGGGCGACCGCCAGCUCAAACUUGAGCGUGACCGUCGUCACCUUAGCAACUACAACGGAGAGUAUCCCUCUAAUGGCUACACUAGGGCAAUGAGGGAGAGCAGUCACCACAGCCAUCAGCAGAAUCACCAUUGUGAACACGCACAGUAUUCUAGUCCACAGCAGGCCAGAUGUGCUAGAUACCCUCAUUCACCUAAACCACAGGGAAACGGCUCCCCCUACCUCUCAGAUGACUGCUACGAUAGCGGGCCCGAGGGUGACUAUGUUUCUCACAAAGACGGGUCUGUCAUCUCACGUAGGGAGUGGUACGUUUGACAAGCUACCUGGUCCUCCCGGAGCAGAGAUACGACAGAAAUCAGAAGGUUUCAUUUAUCAAAUUAGGAACAAACGCAUCAUUUCUCUUUUGUACGCACAUGCACACUUCUACUAAUCUCAAUUCUGUAGUUCCCUGGUUUUGUUCAAGCGUCCUGGUCGACACUUGAGACAUGAUGUUUCUGUUCUCGAUGUAGAAAGACUGUGGACUGCACAGCUACUUUGACAGUCAACAUCUACAUGCCUACGGAAGUCGGCAUGUCACUAGUUUGUGUGUGUAGAGACUAACUAAAGAUCAUGAUGUAUGUGCUGUCUCUGCCUUACUGCACAGACUGCCAAUGUAUUUAGCAUCACUAAUGUCUUUCAGUUGAGUUGAAGCGCUAGAGGCUCACAGGUCACAUAUGGUUGUCGUAGAAGAAGGCUUUUUUGUUUCUACCAAAUGAGCCCUCUCAGGCUAUGUGACACUUGCUGACAUUGUAUUUGUAUGUGUUAUGGCCUACACUGGUUUUGUUUAAAAGACCUCUGACCUCUCAAUACGAUGGCUGAUAUUCAAGAAUGGUACAAACCCCAUGACGGAAAGUAAAUCCAUUAAAUUCAGAGGGUUACAGGUCCUUUUUCCAAAUAUCAGUAGGACACAGUAGAGGCAUGUAGGCUAAUUUAAAAAAAAAGGAAUUAUCCCACUUUGAAGUCAGAAUAACUUCAUGACUGAUCUCUCUACACUGAUUCAUAGUCAUAAAAUGUGUUGCACUGCCUUUUGCAAAACUUUAUAAUGGACGACCACAUCAUUUGUUUUCUACUAAAAAUGUAUACCUGUUAUGUAACUUACAAUGAUGGGAGCCUUUUGCGCUUGAGAACUUGACCACCGACGUCCGAAUAAUGUCCUUUAACACUGAUUGCUUAGAGUGGGAACCUUCAGAGCAUUUCUGCUGUAUGACCUUGGCUCAUCUUUUGUUCCCAGGAGGGAGGAAGGACUAGAAGGGAUGUCUGUAUGAGUGAGGCACCAGCAAUGUAUCACUUGCACAGCAACAGACUGGGUUUAUCAAAGAGUCAAGCCUCGAUAUGCAAAUUUGCUACAAAAGUCUGCAAGUUAGAUAAGCUGGAAUAAUAUUACUUCUGUUAACGUUUGUGUGAUUUAUUGAUUUUUGGGAAGAGUUUCAAGUUGGUUGUCCUCUUGAUGUAGCCACAAACACAUUCUACCGUUGUCUACCAGAUGGUAAUGGAUGUGUUUGAGAGUUUGCACUCUGGCACUAACCCAGGCCUCUUAGAAAUUCAAGAGUGCUAUCAGCAGGGAUAUUGUUGAAAGCAGGCUACUGUAUGGCAGCCACCAUACGCUGGCCUCCUAGUCACAGUAUUUUGUUAUACAAAGAACUCAUUCAAAAGUGCAGCCAGUACACCCGAUGUACUAAUUUUACUCCUCCUAGAAAAAGACAUGGCUGUGUCACAAUCUGAGGCAUCAAGGCUUAUUGUUGCAUAUCCAUGUGUGCAACUGCACACUAAUCAUGUUCACCAGUUGUCGUCUUUUUUUUUAAGCAUUUAUUAUAACUACCAGUAUUAUGACAGUAAAAUAUACAUUAUGUAGACAAAUCAGGUCAUCUGUGAUGGAUGUGCUGUCACUGUCGCCUGUGGUUAUCAAAGCCGCAGCACAGUGCUUACUCGCCAGAUGUGACAGACAAUAUUUUGUUGCACUGAUCAUUAAAGCGUUCAUUCAUAAUUAUCCUUUGAAUAUCUAUAAAACACUUUUUUCUCAAAUUAAUUUCUGGCUAGGUUUACAAUUGAAUCUGUAUUCAUAUGUAACCAGCCACAUUUUAUUGCUAAUCAAGACUCUAAAACGUUACAGGACUUACCAAGUACUGUGAUUGAACUGAGGAAUUUACAUGUCCGUGUCAUUGGGCUGUGGCCCCAAUAGUUUAGGUGUUGGAUAAAGCUACUUUAGAUUUAAAGAUAAAUUUCAGUUUUUGUACAUGAUCAAAUACACACAGAUACAAUCUUUUGGCACACGCACCUAUUUACCAAACAGCAUGGAGGAGAUCUAACAAUUUCUUUCAUGUACACUAGUGUUUGUGAUUACAUGCCAACUUUAGUGGUAUGGCCACCUAUACAAUAUGCUGCAAGAUGCCAAAUAUUUGUUGAACUUGUAUGUAUAAAUAUGAUGACAGUCACACAUAAGUAUUGCUGACUAUCUAACAACUGAUUAUAAGCUUAUAUAAAAUGUAUCACUGUUGUAUGCAGGGUCUUGUAGCCUGAAAUAGAAGUGAAAAGAUGCUUUAGGCCACUUUAAUAUUACAGUAACAGUUGUCAAAAUGGGAAUUAGUUAUAUUGUUAUGAACCCUCACUACUUUUUUGUCAGUGUGAAUUUUGUGCAGUGAAUAGGCUGCAAUUCUCAUAGUGAGAUUUAAUAAUGUGCCACUGUAACUUGCAAACAGAGAAAAUGACCCCCAUACUGCAGUUUGUGUUGUUUCAACUGUUGUUUCAAACGAUGUGCAGUACAUCAUUCUAAUAAGUACCUUAAGUUUUUAGUUCACUCGCAAUUACAUUAAUAUAAUUCCUCAAUUACCACUAGUGGUGUACAGAAAGUUUUGGUAUCUGUUGCCUAAUACACUCUGGAUAUUCUACAGAACACACUAUUUCUUGAAAAACAUCACCCAAAGAAACCCAAAGUGUUUCUGGAAAAUGUCUUUAAUGCAAUGUGUCAACAAAAUUUCCAUCCACCUUUUUAUUGUUUUGAAGUGGAUGUAAUGAAAUCUGUGUAAAUUUGAAAAACCUGGGUUAAUCUUAAACUAUCUGCAUUAUUACAUACCGCUUCAUGCAGUGAAAACAUGUGUUUCUUAGUCAUUUGGGUGAACUGACCCUUUAAUAGGAGUGCCCAAACUGAAUUGUACAGGUGGCAAUUUGUGAACCAGAAAACCUCAUUUAGAUUGCUGAAUUAAAAGUACGGUUUUGGUGCUGGGCGUUCUGCUGAUGCCUAUUCUUUCUGCCUUUCUGGUCACUUUCACAUAAAUGCAAAGAAUAACAGGAAGCACGGCAGCCUAACCCCUUCUUGUGUUUGCUUCUAUGCACUAAGACGGAAAUUCCACUAAUCAAUAUAAACAUUUUGCUUGACUCGUCAGUUUGCAUCCUGGAUUAAUGAAGUUCUUUUGUACUGUGACAUUUUGUAUAAAGAUCAGUCAUCAAUAUAUUUACCUUGAGAAAUGUCCUUCACUUUGGGUUGAGAAAUACAACUAGUGCCUUAGAUACAUAGAAAAAAAUGUUAGUGUUUUUUCAUUAUUGUUUACUUAUGGAUCUAAAAACCUGUUUUGUUGCUCUGUGAGAUUUAUUUGUUGCCUUUUUUGUUUUCUGCAUACUGUGUGUCAGGAGGACUCUGUAGUGCCAUAUUAUACAUACUUUUCUGCCCCUGUUAUCAUGACCAUUAAUGACGCAGUAUAUUUGCAAACCUAGAGGCAUUAAAACACACACAAACAAAAGACAAAGCUUGAAUGAAUUUUGAUGUGGAAUUAGUUAGAGCAGUUCUACUUCACAAGUACUGUAUCUGUCAGGGGUUUAUGGUUUCUGUAGAAUCACUGUUGUUCAAAGAGGUGAAGAAUUAACUUCAGUCUCACAUUAUCAAUGAAAAGCACCUUGUGGUCAUGUUUUUUUGUUUGUGUAUAUAUACAGAAGAAAAUGUAAGUUUCUGGAAGGAAAAAAAAUAAUAUUUAUGUCAGUGACAACAGUGAAGCAUUAUUUUGUCAAUCUUUUUGAGAUACUUUCAUAGUUCAAUAAAGCACCUUAGCACCUGUGAGUUA